UCUCUCUCUCGUUCUGCCGGCGGAUGCCCGGGCUUGCUCGCUGGCCUCGCGGGCCUCGGACGCCACCAAGAACGCCUCGCCGAGCAGCAGCAGCUCCACCGUGCCUCCUCUGCGCCGGCCAAGCCACGAGCAGCAGCAGCUCCACCUGCUACUGUUGACGCCAUGCUCGACCUGCCCAAGCCCGACGAUGACACCGCCCUACGCCCGCGCACACCGGUCGCCGCCGCCUUGCCGAGAGGGCUCGCCCUCGUGUGCGCCGACCUGCUGCACCGCACCUCGCCGAGAGGCUCGUCCUCGCGUGCGCUCCUCCUACCGGUCGCGGGAACUGCUAGACCUGCCACGGCGGCAUCCUGCGCUCCUCCUACGGCGAGUCCCCCCACUGGCCUCCUCCUACCGGCUGCAGGGCUGCCAGACCACGGCGGCGUCCGCCCCCUCCCCCCGCGAAGCGCAGACCUGCUCGUCGCCGGUGACCUGUUCGCCUUCGUAGCAGGCGUCGCGGCGCACGGGCGUACGUAGUUCUCCAUGCGCAGCCUGGUGCUCGACCUCGACGCCGGCGAGGUCCAUCUGCCGGCUUGGCCGCCGCCCCAAGCCGGCGACGAGAGCCCAUGGGAGCCGUGCUGCAGGUUCUGUGCACGGGGUUUAAUUGCGUUUUUGCUUUAUGAUUGAGGGGUAUCUAUGUAAAAUUUCAGGGACUAGAUUGUAAUAUUAGAUCAAACGCCGUCUAACCUGAGCCGUUAUGCCACGACGUCAAAUGUGCGCCCCACAUGUCAUAAUUGAGGUUAAAAUGCCCAAAGGGACAGGUUAGUGUUUUCUGUAAAAAAAUUAGGCUGAGAAUCAGUAGUUUCUGGCAGAAAUUCGUAAACCAGUGUUUUCUGUAAAUCUAGCUGUCAGUGAUGAUUUUCUGCAAUUCACUCCAUAAAAAGGCAUAUUAACAAA